AUGCCUCGUCCCAAUAGAUUCCGGGAUAACGUCGAUGACCGAUCAAUCCCCUGCCGACUAGGAAACUCUUCUAACUCAACAACUCGCUCAGAGGCUUCGUCCAACUUGAGCACCGAGCUUUUCUCUAAAGAGUUGAAAGCGCCCCGUUCUAACAGGUUCCGGGACAAAGUCAAUGACCGCGCUAUCCCCUGCCGUCUAGAGAGCUCCUGUGGCUCAGCAAGAUCCUUAGAGGCAUCGCCUAACUUGACUACUGCACUUUUCUCCAAAGAGCUAAAGCCACCCCGGGAAUUUGGAAGCUUAUCCGUAAUUCACAAGAAGCCUCGGGGGCCAACGCCUCGUGAUGGCGAACAUAAUUUCAUCUUCGUUAGACCGGAGUCCGAUGCACCGGGCAAACCCGGCAUCAAUGAUGCAAUAAACCACCCUGGCUUUGAAGCAUACUACAACUUCGAAGGACGCAAAAUCGACGAGCUCUCAGCAAAUGAGAAAAGAACACUCGAAAUGGCCAUACAUUAUCCGAAUAUUCGAGGCGGUAUCAUGAAGGCCCCCUUAUAUUUCCGCGCGAUGUCGUUCGCCCAGCCCCAAACGAAGCAGUCCGACUUGCUCUGUCAAGUCUUUGGUACUACUGAGCUUUUCGACGGUAUCGUCAGCCAUAUCAUUCCUCGAAUUGGAGACCUCACCAAUCUGUGCCGAACAUCACAAUUCAUGGCAAACAGGGUGCAAGCCUUUUGGAUGCAUCUAGAUGCGACGGGCAACGACUUCUUGAAGUGGGAUGAAAGAUCACUGGCGGAUGUACGCGGUGUGGAAGCGGAAAAGGAAGAACAGCGCAGGUCGCGGACUGAAGUAACGGGCAAUGGCUUCAAGAGAGACAUAAAGGAGACCCAGACACAGUUUUUCUCGCCAAGUGUCAUAAUUUCUCCCGUUCGUCCCCAGACCCAAGGCCCCCAGAGGGAGGUGAUCUCCAACAGGGCUGGAUAUCCCCUAACAUCGAGCGUCGAAGAAUACAAGCAAACAGCUUUUGCGACUAGCCUAACAGCUCACUACAAGAUGUUGCACCUUGUUUUCUUGAAUGGUCAACACAUCAAGCAUUUAAUGCUUCAUAGUAUGCCGUGGAUAGAUCUCAGAGCACUUCGAAGCAUCAUCCCCCAGAUGGUAAAGCUAGAAGUAUUAGGCAUCCACCAGUGCUUCCUUUUGACUCUAGGCGACACACAGCCAUUAUUACAAACCAUCAACGCUAUCAAUGAUGAGCGUGCAAAACAAAGUCAUCCACAUGUCGCCAUCGACUUCACCCCUUUCUAUUACAAGGGGCCUCCUUACAAAUCGGAUGGCACUGGACAUAUCGGCGAAUAUGGUAUUGUUCCCGAAGAAAAAGAUUGGCUCGACUCUCACAAAGCUAUUACAGCUCAGUUGCUGGGCAUCCGAGACCUGUGUCACAAGGGUGGUCACGACCUUUUCACCCCUGGUACUGGAUUCAGGGCGUUUCUCGACAGGCUCCCAGUCCGUACAAUGUCGAGUAUCCUCAAAUGCAUUGAGGCAAUCCACGACUAUAAAGCCAAAAAGUACCACUCCGGAGUUGGUGUGCCCCAAUGGUGUACAUCUGGCACUCACUACUCUCACGGUGACGACAUGCUCCCGUUGAUCUCGGAGGAUAUGAAGCAUGCGAUGGAAGUUACCCUAUUUCAAGACCUCAUCGUUGCCUGUAAUGGCCGUGAGAUGCUCCAGGAGCAACUCAAAGACUUGAUCAUACUGCGUGGAAAGGUCAAGCUAACGCAUUGCGUUGAAUGCAAUCAAGACAUGCCCGCCUCUUUCUUCAUGGCAAACGUCCUGGCGCGCCGGGAGAGCGACAUACUUUGUCAUGGUUGCCAGCUGACACGCUAUCUUUCAAAACAUAACUUUCGUUUAUACAAAGAACGACGCGCGCUCACAGAAAAAAUAUUCAUGAGCAAAGACUUCACACAGUUGCCUCUCACGAGAGUACUCAGGAACAUCUCCAAACAUGGCAAAAAGAGUGAGCAUGGUCAGAAAACCCCUUGUAGGCCCGGCAUGGUCGACCUGAAAUUCUUCAAGGAAGCAGCGAUGUUGUGGAACGACUUCACCAUCGCAAUACCCGAGCUUUUGAAAGACAGCCGUAGCGCAAUCGAUAUGAUUGACGAUAUGUAUGGCGGGCUCUCCUAUGACGAUAAACUCCAGAUAUCGGCGAGGAGGAAUGAACUCGAGCGUGAUGUAUCGCGGCUAGAGUUUGAGCUGGGCAUCAAUCAACGGAACCAGACGGGACUUAGCGGAUCGUUAGAACGCGUAUGCCGCAGCUGGGAACUGGAUAUACGCGAUUACCGGGCUGAACUAGCCAUUGAGAAGGAUGGCUUUUCCAAUCUUGCCCCAAUACCGAUUUUCAACUUCAGAAGCAACGUUGCCUCGAUGCUUGGCAGCUCAGGUGGACUGCCUGAGUAUUGGAAUGUACAUCAUGACCCCGAUGAAAACGACACACCGGCUACUAGCCCAACGGACUCGCUUGCUACCCCCAUAUCUUCAGUCAUCACCGCAACUGAAGCUGGUGAUCAGCAACCCAGUCUCACACCCCCAAGCAGCAACGACAGCUCCUACAAGCGGCCAGAUAGUCCUGAUAGCUCUAUAUCAUCGCGACUUCUCGACAACAGCCAGAUCGAGGCAAUUCAGCAGACGCCGCCACUAUUGCCGGCUGUCGUGAUUUCCACGCCAUGCCCUACCAGCCCGCGGCCGAGGAACAGGAUCCUGCGUAUUAUAUUCUCAACGCCCAGUGCCACCACACCAGCGUCUCAAAACAGCACUGCUUCUGAACGGGGCAAGUAG